AUGUAUCUGUCACAUUAUUUGACAGUGCUUGUUUUGCCGCUGUACGUCGCGCAAAUAACGGUAUCAAAUGAAGGCGAUGAGGCAAUGCAAGCAGCAAUAAAAAAUGACGCCGGAAUUGAGGCUAUGGCAAGUGACAGUAAAGCAAACGAAAAACGGUAUAAAUGUGAAGUAUGCGAUAAGCAAUUCGGAUGUUCAGGCAAUGUGAAACGCCAUAAGGUGAUACAUACCGAUGAAAAAGACUACAUGUAUAAGGUAUGCAAUAAAGCGUUCAAAAGGUCCGACGAUCUGAGGAGACACCAAUUGACGCACGGAAACGAACGACCAUUCAAAUGUGAAGUAUGCGAUAAAGCAUUCAAUCAGCAUUCAAAUCUGAAGAAACACAAAUUAACGCACGAAAACGAACGACCAUUCAAAUGUGAAGUAUGCGAUAGAGCAUUCAAUCAGAAUUCAAAUCUGAAGAGGCACGAAUUGACGCACGGAAAUGAACGACCAUUCAAAUGUAAAAUUGUCCGACGAUUUGAAGAUGCACAGUUUGACGCACGGAAACGUACGACCAUUCCAGUGUCACGUGUGCAAUAA